CCGGGACAGGCGCCUGUCUUUUCAGUUGGGUUCCGCCGGCCGGAGGGGGAGGAGCGAGAAUGACGGACGGCACCGAAAGAGCCGAUGGCAAGAUUGUGAAAAUGGAGAUGGAUUACAGCGCCACCGUCGACCAGCAGCUGCCGGAAUGCGAGAAAAUCGCCAAAGAUGGAAGACUUCAGGAGGCUAUUGAUAACCUUUUGUCACUGGAAAAGCAGACAAGAACGGCCUCUGAUAUGUCGUCAACAUCAAGAAUCCUGGUUGCCAUAGUGAAAAUGUGUUCUGAAGCAAAAGACUGGGACUCUUUGAAUGAAAAUAUUGUACUUCUGUCCAAAAGGAGAAGUCAGCUAAAGCAGGCAGUUACGAAGAUGGUGCAGGAGUGUUGUACAUACAUUGAACAGAUCACUGACCUACCAAUCAAAUUAAGAUUGAUUGACACUUUGCGCACUGUCACAGCUGGGAAGAUUUAUGUGGAAAUCGAGCGAGCUCGUCUAACAAGACAGUUAGCAACGAUAAAGGAGGAGGCUGGAGAAGUUAAAGAAGCUGCUACAAUUUUGCAAGAACUUCAGGUUGAAACCUAUGGGUCAAUGGAGAAGAAAGAGAAAGUUGAGUUCAUCUUAGAACAGAUGAGGCUUUGUUUAGCUGUUAAAGAUUAUAUUCGAACCCAAAUCAUCAGCAAAAAAAUCAACACGAAAUUCUUCCAAGAUGAAAACACUGAGGAGCUUAAGUUAAAAUACUACAAUCUAAUGAUUCAGGUUGAUCAGCACGAGGGGUCCUACCUGUCAAUUUGCAAACAUUAUCGCGCCAUUUAUGAUACACCCUGCAUCCAGGCUGAUAAAACAAAAUGGCAACAGAGUUUGAAGAGUGUAGCUUUGUACGUGAUUCUGGCUCCUUACGACAAUGAGCAAUCUGAUCUGGUUCAUAGAAUCAAUGCUGACAAAAAGUUUGAAGAAAUUCCUAAGUACAAAGAUCUUUUGAAGCUGUUCACCACCAUGGAACUUAUGCGUUGGAGCUCGCUGGAAGAGGAUUAUUGCAAGGAACUGAGGGAAGAGUUGCCUGAAAAUGCUUCCACAGAUGUGUUUUCAAACACAGAAGAGGGAAACAAGAGAUGGAAAGAUCUUAAAAAUCGAGUUGUGGAGCAUAAUAUUCGAAUAAUGGCAAAAUAUUACACGCGCAUUACGAUGAAGAGAAUGUCGGAGCUGCUCGAUCUUUCCAUUGAUGAAUCUGAGGAAUUCCUUUCCAAUUUGGUAGUAAGCAAGACCAUCUUUGCCAAAGUGGACAGACUAGCAGGAAUAAUCAACUUCCAGAGACCAAAGGACCCCAAUGAUAUUCUCAACGACUGGUCGCACAAGCUGAACUCGCUCAUGGCACUUGUAAACAAAACCACACACCUCAUAGCCAAGGAAGAGAUGAUCCACAACCUCCAGUGAAGGACGCGAUAGGACGCAUUCUGUCUUUUGAAAAAGACAUCUUAAAAUAUCAAAUUGUCAUAAUAACCAUGCAAAAAAAUUUUAAAAAAUCUUUGUUUUUGAGCUGAAGAAAGGCAGCUUUGGGUUGUUUGGCGGAAGGUCUGCAUGGUUAGAUAUGGAAGGGAAAACUGGUCGUCUGGUUCAUUUCACUGAUUUAAAAGGUAACAGACCAGUUUUGAGUGAAGCAGUGUGUGUGAUGAAUGUACUGUAAAUUGGAAAGAACCAUACAAUUAAAAUAUGGUUACCCAGCUGGUGACUUUUUUCCUUUGAAA